AUUGCGUCCAGGUUCAAUCACACUUCUCUUUAUAACGAAACCUCGUUCUCCUUGUUCCUGAGAAAAAAACCAACAGAAUCUACUCCAAUUUUCUAGCUUAGAUUCCCUUCUGCAAUGGCUCUCGCCGUCACUACCACUUCUUCCUCCUCUCCAGCAGCGUCCAAUUCCUUCUUCUCGCGCCUUGGAUCUUCCUCCGACGCGAAAGCUCCGCAAAUCGGUUCCUUUCGGUUUCUGGAGAGGCCGCACGUUUCGUCCGUUGUUGUUAAUUUAACUCAACGAUGCUCCUCGGUCGGACCUCUCAACGCCCAACCACAACGGAAUGAUUCCAUUGUUCCUCUUGCAGCAACUAUUGUUGCUCCUGAGGUUGAGAAGGGACAGGAAGAUUUUGAGCAAUUAGCGAAAGACCUUGAAAAUGCUUCUCCUCUUGAAAUUAUGGACAAGGCUCUCGAGAAAUUUGGCAACGACAUCGCUAUUGCAUUCAGCGGUGCUGAAGAUGUUGCUUUAAUUGAGUACGCGCAUUUGACGGGUCGACCCUACAGAGUCUUCAGCCUGGACACUGGAAGGCUGAACCCAGAAACUUACAGAUUUUUUGACGCAGUUGAGAAGCAUUAUGGAAUUCACAUUGAGUACAUGUUCCCUGAUGCUGUUGAGGUUCAGGCCUUAGUAAGAACCAAGGGGCUCUUCUCAUUUUAUGAGGAUGGGCAUCAAGAGUGCUGCAGGGUGAGAAAGGUGAGACCCUUAAGGAGAGCCCUGAAGGGUCUCAGAGCGUGGAUCACUGGACAGAGAAAAGACCAGUCUCCUGGUACUCGGUCUGAAAUUCCUGUUGUCCAGGUUGAUCCUGUUUUUGAGGGAUUGGAUGGUGGAAUUGGCAGUCUGGUUAAGUGGAACCCGGUCGCAAAUGUUAAUGGGCUAGACAUAUGGAACUUCCUUAGGACCAUGGAUGUGCCUGUAAAUUCAUUACACUCCCAAGGAUAUGUUUCAAUUGGCUGUGAGCCAUGCACAAGGCCAGUUUUACCUGGACAGCAUGAAAGGGAAGGAAGGUGGUGGUGGGAGGAUGCCAAGGCCAAGGAGUGUGGUCUUCACAAAGGUAAUCUAAAACAGGAAGAUACUGCCCAGCUUAAUGGAAAUGGGGCCACCCAUUCAAAUGGCUCUGCCACUGUCGCUGACAUUUUCAAUUCCCAGAAUGUGAUCAACUUGAGCAGGGCUGGAAUUGAGAAUUUGGCAAAAUUGGAGAACCGACAAGAACCGUGGCUUGUUGUGCUUUAUGCACCGUGGUGCCGCUUCUGUCAGGCGAUGGAGGAAUCAUAUGAUGAUUUGGCAGAGAAGUUGGCUGGGUCGGGAGUGAAGGUUGCGAAAUUCAGAGCGGAUGGAGAGCAGAAAGAAUAUGCACAAAGUGAACUGGAGUUGGGAAGUUUCCCCACAAUACUUUUCUUCCCCAAACACUCUUCUCGACCAAUUAAGUACCCUUCUGAAAAGAGAGACGUCGAUUCGUUGAUGGCAUUCGUGAAUGCCUUACGGUGAUGGUCAAUUGAGUAUUUCGCUCAAUGUUCCGUCAUACAAUGGUGACAAUAAAUUUCUCCACAGAUUUUGGCAAUUCAGUGAAACUGGGGAUGAUGGCAGUUUUGACAGCAAAACAAAGAUUCUCAGUUAGUAGUGUCCGUGUAUAGUAUUAGUUUACCUUUCUCACAAUUAUAAUUGGUGUACGAGGAUGUGAUGUCAUGUCUGGGUUAGAUGAGUAGAGAUAUGGUUGUAUUAUCACUAUCAGAAUAUAGUUUUUUAGGCGUUACCAAAUUUCCUGAUCGAAUGCCAAUUAGUAACCGUACCUCUUAGGUUUUCCUGGAUUGUUUUUGUUAGAAGGUUCUAGCAACUGGAGCAAAAACAUAUUUGGAUUUCAUCAUUGGGUUCCUAUGUUUCUUCAUUGCCCUUGGUUGCAGUACUUUAAAUGUAUUGUGAUGUUUAUCACAGAACCACUACAGCUUGAUUGAAUCAAUUACUCAAUCCACCCGUUUCUAUUUUGGUCUAUACUAUUUUAUUGUUGUUGAGUGGUUCAUUGAGUGACGAAUCAAUCUUUUGUUGAGUGGAUUUUGAACCA